CCGAAGAAGAAGACACAUGACACAUAACAUAACCAACAAACAUGAUUUGUAUUUAUCAGUAAACAUUAAUAUGAAAAUGAUAAACGAAAAAUAUGACGACAAUUUAUUUACUAGGAAUGUUAAGUGCCUUUUUAUUUUUCUAUGGAUUUUUUCCAAUAUCCACCCGCACCAAUGUUAUUAACAAUACACCCCCUAGUAAAAUAAACAAUGUUGCUUUAAAACAACAUUACUUCUACAACCAAUCCAACUUUAAAAAGACUGUACUGAUAGUCAUAGACGCGUUAAGAUUAGAUUUUGUAAAUACAAAAUACAUGCCACUAACAACAAACUUAUUCCAGGAAAAUGGUUGUUCCAAUGAAGUUAAAGUCGAAACACCAACAGUUACUCUCCCUCGCAUUAAAGCUCUUACAGUAGGAAACAUACCACAGUUUAUUGAUUUGGUUCUAAAUCUAGCAAGUACAGAAAGUUUAUCGGAUAGCAUAAUUCAUUCUGCUCAUGAACAUGGAAAAAACAUUGUUUUUUACGGAGAUGAUACAUGGUUAAAACUUUUUCCUAAUAAAUUUGCCAGGCAUGAAGGUGUUAGUUCUUUCUUCGUUAGAGAUUUUACAGAAGUAGAUUUAAAUGUCACAAGAAAUGUUUAUGCUGAACUUAAAAAUGAUGACUGGGAUAUUAUGAUAUUACAUUACUUAGGUUUGGAUCACAUUGGACAUGUCUAUGGACCAUUUUCUUCCCUGGUACCUACUAAACUUAAUGAAAUGGAUAACAUUAUUCAUACAGUUUUCGAUAAUCUAUCUUCAAAAGGUGAAGAAGUACUUCUGAUGGUUACCGGUGAUCAUGGCAUGAAAGAUAGUGGAGGUCAUGGGGGCUCCACAUAUUCCGAAACGCAUGUCCCUUUAGUAAUCAUUGGUCAUCGCUGUGAGAACACAUCCCUAUCCCAAAGUGAUAUUCCUGCGAAUUUGGCAGUAUUAAUGGGUGUAAAAAUACCAUCUUCAUCAAUUGGAAAAGUACAUAGGAAACUACUUCAAUCUAACGAAGACAAAUAUCUUUAUAACCUACAUUAUAACAGUAUUAUUCUUCAACAAAAAGGUUCUUGUUGCCACGAUCUAUUUGAAGAGGCAUCUAGUCAUUAUAUUAAAUAUCUUAACAAUAAUACUGAUUCUAUUUCUACCUCAAAAGCUAUAAAAUUAUAUGAAAAGUUUUUAGAGAAAAUAAAUGAUAAUCUUGCAAAUAGUUCUGUAAAACAGAAAGAAACAUCACUAUUUAUUGCCCUUUGUGUAAUAAUAAACAUUAUAAUAAUGAUUUAUUCAGAGAUACUUUCCAAACAAAACAAAUAUUACUUAUUGUUUCAAAAAAUUGUUGUGCUAGCUAUUAUUAUUAUCCAAUUUAAUAUAUCCGAGCAUUUAUUAGUAUUCUCUGUCAUGAUUUCUAUAUUAAUUAUACUACUAUUUAACAAUAUCUAUUUUUUACUACCAUUUAAUUUUCAUUUAACUUUCAGUUACUUAAAUUUCUUUGUUUUCAUAAGUAUCCUGCACCCGUUAACCUUUAUUUCUUCCAGCUAUGUAGAGGAAGAACAUCAAUACUGGUACUUCUUCAACAUAUUAUUUGUAUUAUUUAACUGUGUUACUGUUUCUAAAACAAAAAGCAAAUAUGACCUUUUAACUACAGUUGUAUGCCUAGCAAUGUUCAGAUUUUUACGAACAAUGAACUCCACUGGGGAUAAGUGGGCAAUGUAUCCUGAUCUGUCAGGAUGGUUGCUAAAGGAUGAGAACUACUUCUAUUAUCAAUUACUGUUUUUAGUAGGAUUGGGAUCAGUUUUAGUUGCACAGUAUGUUUUGCUGUUACCGAAAAUACCAUGGAAUAUUCACUUUAUAAGCAUCUUAACUCUGUGUUUAAUAUUUAUAUACAAACAGCAAGAAACAAGUGUAAUUUUGGGCAGAAUUGCAUGGUUUCUUGUUUUGGUUCAGUUGAUUAUGACAUAUAAGUUGUCGAAAGUAAUUCCAUGGAUCCUAAUUGCCACAUUACUUUUGAAACCAUACAAUGUAAUACUAAUACCUUAUUGUGUAUUAUGCAGUUUAUAUUUUUCGAAGCAUUUGAGUAGUACACAAGAUACAGUAUUAUAUCAUACAGUACUUGCAAAUAUGUUGUAUUUUGCCCAAGGCCACAGUAACAGCUUAGCUAGUGUUGAUGUUUCAGUUGGAUACACCGGUUUAUCUGAGUAUCAGCCAAUUAUUGUGAUAGCUCAAGUCUUAUGCCACAUACAAGCUUUUCCAGUCCUCUGUCACUUAUUAAUCUUUAAUAAUAAACAGAUUCAACAAAGAGAAGUCUGGAAAGUACUGUUUUGUAACAAGCUGUACGUUUAUUUGGUGACUUGUAUAGUUACUUUUCUUUUUAGACAUCAUUUAUUUAUUUGGUCCGUUUUUGCACCAAAACUUUUCAUAGAAUUUGUGCAUCUCUUGUUUUUAUGCAUUGAAUACCUAUUAGUACAGGUAUGUGUUUAUAUUAGACGGAUUCAUUUCUUAAUACAAGUAACAAAAAUUGUAUUUUUUAAAAAAUAUAUUGUUUAUUAAAACUGUUAAAAAAAGUUUACUUGUAUUU